UGAGGAGAAAUGCUCACCUCCAGUUUUGCACAAUGACUCCAACCGAGGCAGUUCUGUCUCUUCAGAUCUUCAGAGCUCCUAAACCUAUUGGAAUUUCCUAACUAGUGAGAAUGAUGGUAUCUUUUGUUAUGUUGAUGAUGUGACUUCUGGACCUCGCCUAAGGAUGGGGACUGGCUGCCAGGAGAGACAACCAUGUUAUCGGAGGGCUGAAACUUUCAGUCACACCCCCCUGACCUCGGGGAGAGGGUCUUGGAAGUUGAAUCAAUCGCCAGUGGUCAUUGAUUUAUUCAAUUAUGCCUAUUUAAUGAAGCCUGCAUCAAAACCCAAAAGGACUGGGUUUGGGGAGCUUCCAGUUGGUGUACACGUGAAGAGUAUGAAGAACUGCUUCGUUACGCUAUAGUGACUCCAAAUGUUGAAUCAAGUGCUUCACAACCGUCUCAUUCUAAGGGAGAAGUGGUGCCAGAUAUUAGAAUUCCUACUAUGAUUGAUGAUAUUCUUCAAAAUCCAGGGUCAUCACCAGUGUCAUCCCCAAGGAAGUCACCUCACCUGGUUAUGGACUUUUUCAGUUCGAAUCUUUUAGCUGACUCUUCCUCACCAAGGUCUGAUUCUAGUCCUGUAGAUGCCCAUGAAGUAGUUGGCACCGAUUUUCUUAUUUCCGAUGAAAACCUUCAAAAGAUGGAAAAUGUGCUUGAUCAUUGGAGUUCAGGUCUUAAGACAAACGUCAUAUCUGAACUAAGUAAAUGGAGACUUAAUUUUAUUGAUUGGCACCGAAUGGAAAUGAAAAAAGAGAGAGAAAAGCAUGCAGCAGAUAUAAAACAACUGUGCAACCAGAUCAACAACUUGAAGGAGCUGCAAAAAACCUAUGAAGUCUCCAUUGGGAGAAAAGAUGAGGUGAUUUCUAGCUUGUCUCAUGCCAUAGGCAAGCAAAAGGAAAGGAUAGAGUUGAUGAGAACAUUCUUCCGCUGGCGAAUCAGCCACGUCAAAUCCAGACAGGACGUUUAUGAAAGUAAACUAGCUGACCAGUACUUCCAGAGAACUUUACUGAAGAAAGUCUGGAGAGGCUGGCGGUCCAUAGUACAGAAGCAGUGGAAAGAAGUGGUGGAACGAGCUUGCCAAGCAAGAGCUGAGGAAGUCUGUGUCCAGAUUUCCAAUGACUAUGAAGCCAAAGUUGCUGUGUUAUCUGGAGCUUUGGAAAAUGCAAAAGCUGAGAUCCAGAGGAUGCAGCAUGAAAAAGAGCACUUUGAAGAUUCCAUGAAGAAAGCUUUCAUGAGGGGGGUGUGUGCAUUAAAUCUUGAAGCCAUGACUAUAUUUCAAAACAGAGCUGAUACAGACCUCACAAAUAAUAAAAGGGAAGAGUAUGGUCCUGGUGUUCAAGGAAAAGAACAUUCUUCUCAUUUGGAUCCUUCAGCUCCUCCGAUGCCCUCAGCCAUUGCAGUGCCGCCAUCCCCGCCGGCGGCAGCCCUGGGAGCCACCUGCGCUGCUGCCUUUCCCUCCGCUGCUCCCAUCACUCCUGCCGGGGCUGCUUCCACUUCCUCUGUUCACCUUCCUGUUUCUGCUUCUUAUGGCGCUGCAUCGACAGCUACAGCUUCCGCUACACAGGAAGAAAUGUAUGGGCCCAGGGUUGUGACAUCAGCACAACAGAAAGCUGGAAGAACAAUCACAGCCCGGAUCACAGGGAGAUAUGAUUUUGCUUCAAAAAAUAGAAUCAGUAGCAGUUUAGCUAUAAUGGGAGUUUCUCCUCCCAUGAGCUCCGUCGUUGUGGAAAAACAUCAUCCGGUCACAGUGCAAACCAUUCCGCAAGCUACUGCAGCAAAAUAUCCCCGGACCAUUCACCCUGAAAGUAGUACCUCAGCUUCCAGAUCUCUCGGAACCAGAUCAACUCACACCCAGUCUCUCACAAGCAUUCAGUCCAUAAAAGUGGUUGACUAAAAUGAAUAUGUUCCUAUUGAGGUCGUUUAAUUCUUCUGGCUUUAAUAAGAAUUAGAAAUCUUUAGUUUUUAAAAUUUCAUAUUCUUAGAACAUCAUGGAUACAUCAUGUUCAUUACAAAUUACAAGAGACUUUUUCAAG